AUGAUGUCUUCGUUAACAAAGGAAACAAAGGGUUUCGAACACGAUGCAGAAUACAACCACGAGAUGUUUAAUGAAACUCUCCGUCCCUUUAUCCCUUUGUCUCUUUAUAACUACAUCUUUCUAGCUCUCGCUCUCUCAACCGCGCAUCGUCCUUUUGGUACCAAGCCUUUGCAUCAAAGAAUGUGGAGCAUUGUUGCAAGUCCGAAUACCAAGAUUCCUUUCAAGGAUUUGUUUCCUGGAGUCGUCGGAAGCCGGCGUCGUCUCACGAUAGAUCAUGCUGCGUUGACAAACAAACUGAAUGAGUCCAGCUUCUGUCGUACUACCAUAAGUGUGGUUCGAGAGGAAGAUCCCGGCGAUAAGACACUCAAGCAACCGCUUGUGCUCUGCACCCUGGUCCCAAUGAUAGAGCAAGCACGAUUGGAUUUCACCCUCUUAUUAGAUAGCCAAGCAGGAUAUCUUCUUGCGGAAGGACCAAAUUCCGUUAAUAUCUCAAUGCAAGCGGCUCCUUCAGAGAAUGAGAGGGUUGGCGUCACUGGUCAAAAUAAGGCAAAGACGCAUUCACUGCCUUCCACUUUCACUUCUGUAUCUCUGGAGACAGCGAAUAGCCCGAGUGUGGACAGUCCUCAUAACGCGAAGCCUUCAUCGCUCUCCUCCAUGUCUUCAUCCCCGGGCAUAAACAAAGGUUCCUCUGCAUUAAUACCAGUCCAAGGUCCUCAACUCUACCCACGACAAAGUCCAACCAUUGAAUUUGGUCGGCAUAGAGGUCGAUAUGAGACCCCAGCUUGCCCUCGAUCAUUCGUUGCACCUCAGACACGGUAUUCAACUUCUGAUAUUAAAUCAUUCCCGAAAGACAGACCUCGAUACCGCCGAACAUACAACAGGACUCUUUAUCAUUUGUCCAGUGACCGCACUCCGAUGAAGGAUAGAAAUAGAAAGUUCAGCUACCGUAGAGCACCAGGCCCCUCUAGUAGAGAAUCGAUAACAAACAUGACUAACACGCCCAUCGCCUCAACAUUUUUUCGACUUGUCACUCCGUCACCUCCAGUCAUUUAUGCCAAUCGACCUUUAGCUUCUGAUGUCGUUCGAGUGCUAGAGGUCAUGCAGGCGAUGAGUCUUCAUCUAUGGAAAAUACCGUCCUUCCAAAUCCGCUAUGCCAUCGUGGAACCGGAGUGGACCCGAAUUUGGACGUGGUUGAUGGCUCUCCUUAAGCCACUCGACGAUUUCGUACCGGCGUCACCCACCUCGAAGCAGCUUUCUCUUGCUACUACCAGUCGCUGCCUGAAAGAAGUCUUUUCUUUGUUGGAAUCCAUCGCAUCUCCUACCCAGAGUACCCCCACCGAAUUCAACGACUUCGUCAUUAACAUGAUGAAACAUCCCGAAGCAUUGCCAGCAUUCGCGAAAGUCUGGGUACUGUCUUUCACGAGACAGUGGUCGUUAUCUGUGUAUCACCCUGUAAUGCAGUUUCUGAUUGCGUUCCGUUGCACGAUUGAGGAUACUCCUUCCGACAACUCUUUUCAUCUUGCUGUGAGGAACGCCUUUCCCGAUUUCCAGCUACUGCCGACGUGGUCUAGUGCCAUCGAGGACUUACUUGGACAGCAGGUGCCCUCUUACUCUUCUAAUCCCGAACAUCGGCUUGCGACAGCAAAUCAAGGAAUGGUUCUAGCAGCAACAACCUUGUUCUUGCCCCUUCCAAGACUCGAUGGAAUUCACAUCAUGCUCAAACAAAUAUUUAUUCUAUGGACCCAAUGCCUCGACACACCCCGAUCUUGUAACGCAUAUCUAGAGAAUAUUUGUUUCAUGUCUGUCUAUUGUCUCGCUAGGUUUUCUUCGAGACUUAUCGUCACCGGCGGUCCAAACUGGAUUGUGAAAGCCCUCGAUGCUAAAUUAUUGCAUCUGAUGGUCAAGACAUUGGUUUGGAUGCAAAUCGGGCCGCAGUCGAAAUCAGAGUCAUCGAUGUUCCAAAUUGUUGAGCAGUUUGUAAAUGCGCUGCUCAUCCAUUCGGUCUAUAAAUCAGUUCAGAAACGAAUCCGUCGUAAUUUGAAGGGGGUACGAUCUGAAAGUCUCGAAGGUCAUCUGGGUUCCGGAAGUUUGUGGAGGCUGUGGGUUCAUUUAACGCGUGCGGUUUGUUCACCAGACGCACGCUAUGCCAGUGUCACCUCCUUUCGGAAAGCGUUAAAAGAAGUAUGUUCAAACGAGAAAUGCCCUCAUCAAUAUUGGGCGGGCAAACAUUCACGUCUCUGUAGUGGCUGCCUGAUCGCAAUCUAUUGUUCGAGGUCUUGCCAACGGCAAGACUGGAAAGCAGGGCAUGGAAACAUCUGUUCUGAGGCCAAUCUUCAACGUUUAACUCACCCCACGAACUUAUAUGACGAUGCCCGCCCAAUCAUCGGUGAUCUGGACCAGGUACAACUCAUAUUUCGAGGUCUCAUCCAAGCUAUAGAGUGCCGCGAUGCAAUUCGCCACUCCAUUCGCACCCAAGGUCUUCACGCUUCGCGAAUUGUAAUUGAAUUCAACCUGACCUGUUACCCUUGGACUUGGAAAGUCUCGCGUCUAGCUCAGACUUCUGCCAACUCACAUCCGUUCCUCUCUCAGUUUGGUAUUCGGCCUCACCACGAUACAGUAGUUGCGGUCAAAUGCCCUUGCAGUAUGAACUUCACGAAAUACGCCGCUCGUUCUAUUCACCGCAAGGCUUUGCUGAAAUCUUACCACGAGGGCAACAGACCUUCCAAAGAUUGUUUGUUCCGUAUGUUGGACGAUAUUCUCUGUCAUUGA